AUGUUUCCACCAAUGCUUUCACCAAUUUCGUCUAUACAAGAUUAUCAGCUGUGGAUGAUCUUCUGGGCUCGGGACGGUGUUGCUUCGCAUAUUCUCAUGUCACGAUUAGCACAAACCGUUGCUGUUACUCUACCUCCUGCAUUUGACCCUACAUCAGGACAACGUCAUUCUACUCCAACGGCAUCGUCUAGAACCACUUCUCAAACCACUUCUCGAAAUGAUCAACCAUCGAACUCUUCCACUACCAUUCGACCUCAGGUGAACCUUGCCACAUCUCAUUCAUUGUCGAAUUCUGCCACAUUACUGGAUCCAGAUCCUCUACACAACUCUGAAGAUGAUGACAAUCAUGUAACCGUCAAUACUGCUGAAAUGAAUGAAGAAUCAUUUGACGAUUAUCUACUUGAACCACCGGAUGUUCCUCCAGGAUGGUUAUCAUCGCUUAUCACUGAGUCCCCAGUUGUUUUCUCUGCGUUGGUUAGGGAAUAUCAGGGAAUUUUGGAUUCGGGCAGUUCUAAACAUUUGUUCAACGACAAACAACUGUUCUGGAACUUCGACUUGAGUACCUUUUUGUCUAUUGGAACACCAAACUGUGGCAAACUAUCAACGCAUGGAAGAGGAACAAUAAAAAUUCGACUAAACGAUGUUCAUUUCCCUGAGAAGACGUUCAUUAUUACAUUGGAAGAUGCACAUUAUGCACUGGAAUGUCCCAUAAAUCUAUUUUCCUUUGGAACAUUUCUGGAAUGUGGCAUGCAAAUGUACUAUGAUGGGAAUGAAGGCCGAGUCUACAUGAAACGACCCUCACCACGAAUGUUUGCUAUAAAAAUCAUGCAUCAUUUGUUGUUCAUUAAAUGCGAAUUCAUUUUACCACCAUCUACCGAAAUCUCUGAACCACCGCCUUCGUUAUCGUACUUCACCCAUCCUAUUCCUGCGGAAGACAUUCUUAUUGCAGCUCCAAUAUUUGACAAAUGGAUUCAUGAUUUUGAACUAGGUCAUGAUCGUCUUGUUCAUGCAGGGCAGAAGAUUGUCAAACAGGUUCUGAGCGCAAAUGUGGAAAGGGAUUUGAGAAUUUUUCCUCCAGUAUUCCUCAGACUGGGGUAUGUUGUGAUAGUUGUAUUGAAGGGAAGAUGCCGCAACAACCAUAUUUUUCAUCUGAACAUCGAGCUUCUACACCUUUAG